AUGUCAUCCCAAAUUAUUGAUAAAUUUAAACAAUUCGAUGCCUACGCAAAAACGCUAGAAGAUUUCAAAGUAAAAACUGCUACAGGAGCAACAAUUACCGUCGCCGGCAUAUUCGUUAUGAUGUUAUUAUUUCUUUCGGAAUUAUACACCUAUAUGUCACCAAAUAUAUCAGAGGAACUGUUUGUAGACACAUCAAGAGGACAUAAGUUAAGAAUCAAUUUUGAUAUAACUGUUCCCAGUAUAUCUUGUAGCUAUUUAGUACUGGAUGCAAUGGAUUCUUCUGGUGAACAGCACCUUCAAAUGGAUCAUAAUAUUCAUAAAAGAAGACUAGACCUUAAUGGAAAUCCUAUAGAUGAGCCAAAAAAAGAAGAAAUUGCUGUUUCUUCAACAAUCAAACAAAACAGUUCGGAACUGGCCACAAUUACCUGUGGUAGCUGCUAUGGAGCUGCAUUUAAUGAUUCACAAUGUUGUAAUACAUGUGAAGAUGUGAAAGAAGCAUACAGACUUAGAAGAUGGGCUCUACCGGACUUGGCUACUAUUGUGCAAUGCAAAGAUGAUGAAUCACUAGAGAAAGCUAAUUUAGCUCUAAAAGAAGGUUGCCAAUUAUAUGGUUACAUGGAAGUAAACAGAGUUGGUGGGAGUUUUCAUAUAGCUCCAGGAAAAAGUUUCACAAUAAAUCAUGUUCAUGUUCAUGAUGUGCAACCAUAUUCUUCAUCAGCAUUCAAUACAACACAUUAUAUCAACCACUUGUCAUUUGGUACUAAUAUAAAAAGUGCUAACACAGCACCUCUGGAUGGAGCUAAAGGAUUAGCCAAAGAAGGUAAGGUGCAGUCUUAUAUAUAA